CCUCCUCUCCACAGACUGCCUUGUGGGACAGUCUCAGCCUCAGUCACCGUGUCCUGGAGUUGGAGCCCAGACCAGCUGAGAUGCCUUCUCUGGACCUGGUGAUGGAGAACGGCCAGGCGCUCCCGGCCUUCCUGCUCUGCGGCACACUGCUGGUCAUCAAGAUGUACGCGGUGGGUGUCAUCACAGGCUACACCAGGCUUCGGAAGAAGGCUUUUGCCAACCCGGAGGAUGCCCUGAAACAUGGAGGCCUCCAGUUCUACAGGAGUGAUCCAGAUGUGGAGCGCUGCCUCAGAGCCCACCGCAACGACAUGGAGACUAUCUACCCCUUCCUCUUCCUGGGCUUCGUCUACUCCUUCCUGGGACCCGAACCUUUGAUCGCCUGGAUCCAUUUCCUUGUUGUCCUCACAGGCCGUGUGGUGCACACGGUAGCCUACCUGGGCAAGCUGAACCCACGUGUCCGCUCUGGAGCCUAUGUCCUGGCCCAGUUCGCCUGUGUCUCCAUGGCCCUGCAGAUCCUCUGGGAAGUGGCCCAUCACCUGUGACCAGUGGCUGGAACCUCUUCAUCUACCACACUGUGGACAGAAGCCACCGAGGCUGAGCCUGGCGACUUAGGUGUGUUGGAUCCCUGAGCCCAAUGUGUGCACGAGUGUUUCUUAGCCUCUUGGGGUCUGGAUGCCGAACUAGAACCACUUACAAAUGAACUGUCAAGAUCAAUAGAACGGCCGGGCUGUGGUGGCACACACCUUUAAUCGCAGCACUCGGGAGGCAGAGGCAGGCAGAUCUCUGGGAGUUCGAAGCCAUCCUGGUCUACAAGAGCUAGUUCCAGGACAGGCUCCAUAGCUACUGAGAAACCCUGUCUCAAAAAAAAAAAAAAAUCGACAGAACAUCCUUGACCCUCACAAAAGCCUUAAACAUCACCCACACCCCCUCGUGCCUCGUGGUGGUGCACGCCUUUGAUUCCAGCACUGGGGAGGCAGAGGCAGGCAGAGCUCUGUGAGUUCGAGGCCAGCCUGGUCUACAGAGCGAGUUCCAGGACAGCCAGGGCUACACAGAGAAACCCUGUCUCAAAAAACCAAACAAACAAACAAAAACAGUCGAAAGGACAGAGGAUUCUCUAAUAAAGCCAUCAUUCAGUCCAGGGCUAGAAAUGACUUCUCAAA